AUGCUCUCGCUCAGUAGGACGAUUGUCCGGGCGCGGAUUGCCCGGAUACCUCUACGUCAAUGUCCUGCCAUCCGUGGAUCAUUCUCUCGAACCUACGCAACUCCCAGCCCCAGCUCGAGUUCUCCCGAUCCAAAUGACAGCUUCCUCUCCGGAAAUACCGCAAACUACAUUGAUGAGAUGUACAUGCAAUGGAAGGAGGAUCCAUCAAGUGUACAUGUCUCAUGGCGGGUCUACUUCAAGAACAUGGAGAACGGCGACAUGCCAAUGUCCCAGGCCUUUACGCCUCCCCCAACUCUCGUCCCUACACCUACCGGAGGCGUCCCAAGCUUUGUUCCUGGACUCGGAAUGCCUGCUGGAGAAGGCUCUGAUGUUACGAAUCAUUUGAAGGUCCAACUCCUCGUUCGCGCAUAUCAAGCUCGUGGUCACCACAAGGCCAACAUCGACCCUCUUGGGAUCCGACGUGAAGCGAAGGAAUUUGGCUACAAAGAUCCGAAAGAGCUCCGUCUGGAUCAUUACCAGUUCACCGAAAAGGACUUGGACUCCGAAUACAAUUUGGGCCCGGGCAUUUUGCCACAUUUGAAGAAGGAAGGCAGAGAUAAGAUGUCAUUGCGGGAAAUUAUUGCUACGUGUGAGCGCAUCUACUGCGGCUCCUACGGAAUCGAAUACAUCCACAUCCCAGACAGAGGGCAGUGCGAUUGGCUACGGGAGCGCGUUGAGGUUGAGCAACCUUUCAAGUACUCCGUCGACGAGAAGCGCCGCAUUCUCGAUCGCCUAAUCUGGAGCUCGAGUUUCGAAAGCUUCUCGGCUGUAAAAUACCCCAACGACAAGCGAUUUGGUUUGGAAGGUUGUGAAACUUUGGUGCCGGGAAUGAAGGCUCUCAUUGAUAGAAGUGUUGAUUAUGGUGUUAAGGACAUCGUCAUUGGAAUGCCUCAUCGUGGCCGCCUCAAUGUUCUUAGCAAUGUCGUCCGCAAGCCCAAUGAAUCAAUUUUCAGCGAGUUUGGAGGAUCUGCAGCUGCGGAAGAUGAAGGAUCUGGAGAUGUCAAGUACCAUUUGGGUAUGAACUUCGAGCGACCGACACCAUCUGGCAAGCGUGUCCAGUUAUCCCUUGUUGCCAAUCCUUCUCAUCUGGAGGCUGAAGAUACCGUGGUCUUGGGAAAGACCCGAGCUAUCCAGCAUUACAACAACGAUGAGAAGGUGCACACCUCCGCUAUGGGUGUCCUUCUUCACGGAGAUGCUGCUUUUGCUGGCCAAGGCAUCGUCUACGAGUCCUUUGGACUUCAUGCCCUCCCUGCCUACUCCACUGGUGGCACCAUCCAUUUGGUAGUAAACAACCAAAUUGGUUUCACUACCGAUCCCCGAUUUGCCCGUUCGACCGCCUACUGCACAGAUAUUGCCAAGUCAAUUGAUGCCCCUGUGUUCCAUGUCAACGCUGAUGAUGUUGAGGCUGUUAAUUUUGUGUGCCAGUUGGCUGCUGAUUGGCGUGCUGAGUUCCGGAAAGACGUGGUAAUCGAUCUUGUCUGUUACCGGAAACACGGUCACAAUGAGACUGACCAACCGUCGUUCACUCAACCUCUAAUGUAUAAGCGUAUCCAAUCCCACGAGCCACAAAUCGAUAUUUAUAUCAACCAGCUUCUAAAGGAAGGUAGCUUUACUAAAGAGGACAUCGAUGAGCACCGCAAGUGGGUUUGGGGCAUGUUGGAGGAAAGUUUUGCGAAGAGCAAAGAUUAUUCACCAACAUCGAAGGAAUGGACUACAUCGGCAUGGAACGGUUUCAAGUCACCAAAAGAACUGGCCACCGAAGUCCUUCCUCACCACCCCACAGGCGUCAACAAACAGACCCUGGAGCACAUCGGAACAGUGAUUGGCACAGCUCCAGAAGGCUUCAACGUUCACCGGAAUUUGAAGCGUAUUCUUGCAAAUCGUGUCAAAACUGUGAACGAGGGUCAGAAUAUCGACUGGUCGACUGCCGAGGCUCUCGCAUUCGGAUCUCUCGCGAGCGAAGGUCAUCACGUCCGUGUAUCUGGACAAGAUGUAGAGCGUGGAACCUUUUCGCAAAGACAUGCUGUCUUCCAUGAUCAAGAGAACGAAGAGACUUAUACCCCCUUACAGCAUGUCAGCAAGGACCAGGGCAAGUUUGUGAUUUCAAAUUCUUCGCUGAGUGAAUUUGGAGUUCUCGGCUUUGAGUAUGGAUAUUCUCUAUCUUCGCCUAACGCUCUCGUCAUGUGGGAGGCGCAAUUCGGAGAUUUUGCCAACGGAGCACAAGUUAUUAUUGAUCAAUUUAUUGCUUCUGGUGAGGUGAAAUGGAUGCAGAGAUCCGGCCUCGUUAUGUCCUUACCUCACGGAUAUGAUGGACAGGGUCCUGAGCACUCUUCUGGUCGCAUGGAACGAUUCCUCAUGCUGUGUAACGAUAAUUCUAGCGAAUUCCCAACGCCACAACAGCUCGAAAGACAGCACCAGGAUUGCAAUAUGCAAAUUGCAUGCAUGACAACUCCUGCUAACUUGUUCCACAUUCUGAGGAGACAAAUGAAUAGACAGUUCAGAAAACCCCUCAUCAUAUUCUUCUCCAAGUCUCUCCUUCGUCACCCUGUCGCAAGAUCACCGAUCGAAGAUUUCACUGGAGAUUCGCAAUUCCAAUGGAUCAUCCCAGACCAGGAGCACGGUAAAGCAAUCGCUGAACCGGAGGAGAUCGACCGAGUGAUCCUCUGUUCUGGUCAGGUUUAUGCCGCACUCAUCAAGCACCGUGCCGAGAAGGGUUUGAAGAACGUCGCCAUCACUCGCGUCGAGCAAAUCUUCCCCUUCCCAUGGCAACAACUCAAAGAGAACUUGGACAGCUACCCUAAUGCCAAGACCAUCGUCUGGUGCCAGGAAGAGCCUGCCAAUGCUGGUGCCUGGGUCUUUACGCAACCUAGAAUCGAGACUUUGCUGAACAACACUGAACACCACGACCACAAGCACGUCAUGUUCGCGGCACGCAAUGCUAGCGGUAGUGUAGCAACGGGAUUGAAGAAUGUGCAUACGAAGGAAGAGACUGAAUUGUUGGAACGUGCAUUCAGCAUUGUUCAGGACAAGUUGAAGGGAGAGUAG